ACGCGUUUAUUCCGUUAUCCGAAGUCACUUUGUCGGCUUAGGUUAUGUCAAAUUUCGAACAGUGUAUGCUUCUGCAAACUCGAUUCAUGUGCAUUUUGAAGUUCUUUUAUUCGUUGUUUUAUUUUUUGACUGGGGUUUGUUUUUAUUUACUUGUACAGUAGUGCUUUCAUAAAACCAAGUGUUCACAUAAAAACAUUAUGCCACCUAAAAGGCCAAGUAGCCCAUCGAAGCAGUCAUCUGAAAAUAAAAAUGUAAAUAAGAAGAAAAAGAAUGUUCCUGUAAAUAAUCAAAAUAAUAAUCCUGGAUUAAAAGUACCUGGUUCCAAUUGGGAAAAGUUUAAGGCAAUGCUCGCAGAAAGUGAUAAAGGAAGCACAAAUAAUUCAAGUGUAAAAAAAAAGAAUUCACAAAAUAACAGAAAUAUGCUUCCGCGUAAUAACGGAAACAUGCAGCCACAAAAUAAUAGAAAUAUGCAAUCACAAAAUAAGUCUAAUGUUCAGGUAAUAAAAAAAUUCAUUUAUUACCUUAUUCGUCUAAUUAAUUUAUUGUGCUUAUUCGUAACAAAUAAUUUUGGAAACAAGCAACAGACAACUAAUUUAAGUACAAAGGGAAAUAUUCCACAGGGUCAAACAGCUUCCAAUAAAUUUGGAAUCGCAACAAUGGAUCAUAGGCACAACAAGACCUCAAUGGGAACAGAUCCAAAAAACAGUGCACCCUAUUUGAAAACAAAUAACAGAGAGUUACUGAAUACAAGCAAAGGAUCCAGUAGUUCAUCAAAUAAUUCAAAUAAAGAUCAGGAUACUACUGGUCUAACUAAAGCUAUUGCUAUUGACUGUGAAAUGGUUGGUAUCGGUGACGGAAAGGAAAGUAUGUUGGCAAGGGUGUCAAUUGUAAAUCGUUAUGGGCACUGCUUGUACGAUACCUUUGUAAAGCCUAGAGAACCAAUUGCAGAUUUCAGAACUGAAGUAAGUGGAGUGAGGCCUCAAGAUUUAAGAAAUGGACAAGAUUUUGAAACUGUACAAAAAAAAGUCUAUGAACUUUUUAAAGGACGAAUUCUUGUGGGUCAUGCUUUACACAAUGAUUUGGCAGUUCUAUUUAUUUCACAUCCAAGAAAAAUGCUAAGAGAUACUGCAAGGUACAAACCAUUUCGAAAAGUUACCAAUGGCAAUACACCUAGUUUAAAAAAACUAGCCGCUGCGCUAUUAGGAAUCAGUAUUCAAUCUGGAGAACACAGUUCUGUUGAAGAUGCAAGAGCAGCUAUGCAAAUAUAUCAAAUGCACAAAAAAGAGUGGGAAGCUUCACUUAAGAAAAAAAGAAAAUGAAAUUUAUUUUAUUGACAUUGUGACAAAGCGUGCCAAAAAGUGAGAUGUGACAAAAAAAACUUUGCAUUUGUGACAUACAUUGUAAAAUGUAUAUAUAGUUUUAUAAAUAAAAUGUACAAUUUUAACGCUAGAUCCAUAGU